AUGACCAGCAUAAUGCACGGAUCACAUCGGCUAUCUGUGAAAACAUGGACAGAGGAGGAGAGUGACCGUGCUGACAGCACACUCAGCAGAGGACAGUCAAUAUGUGAUGACACUUCUUCAGAGCUGCAGAGAAUGGCGGCCAAUGAGAGGAGAGAAAUGAAUUCCCAAAAUUCCUUUAGAGGACGAGGGGCUUUGUCCAGGAUAGUUAGGAUGGUGAUGACUCUGAGAGAAUGGGCUCAGAAGAGCUUGGCUGAGGAGACGGAGCGACCAGAUUCCUUUUUGGAGCGUUUCAGAGGCCCAGCCAACAUGGAUGUCCAGGGCCCACCAAGCAGGUUCAGUCACAGCCACACUGGCUCUGAUACAGAGAAUGACAUGCAACGCUCCAGACGUGGGAGGAGGAAGUGGAAGGUUUUGGUUUUAUCCCCAUCUGAUGAUCUCUACUAUCAUUGGCUGAUAGUGAUCGGCACUGCUGUUUUUUACAACUGGACCCUUCUAGUUGUCAGGGCCUGUUUCGAUGAACUCCAGAUGUCAAAUGUUCUGGUGUGGCUUGUGCUGGACUACAUCUGUGAUGGAGUCUAUAUACUGGAUACUGCUGUUCGUCUCCACACAGGGUUUCUGGAUCAGGGCUUGUUGGUGAAAGAUGUGCGCCGUCUGAGAGAAACCUACGUCCGAACAUUACAGUGUAAACUUGAUAUCUGCUCCAUCCUUCCUACGGACCUCUUGUACCUCACAGUCGGAAUGAGUUACACUCCUCUUCUUCGAUUCAACCGGCUUCUGCGACUGCCGCGUUUGUUUGAGUUAUUCGAACGAACAGAAACUCGUACAAGUUAUCCCAAUGCCUUCCGCAUCUGGAAACUGGUCCUGUAUAUCCUGGUCAUCAUCCACUGGAAUGCCUGUGGGUACUACAGCUUCUCCAAAGUCCUGGGACUGGGCUCAGACUCAUGGGUUUAUCCCAAUGUAUCAGACCCAGAGUUUGGCUCUUUGGCCCGAAGCUACAUUUACUGUUUGUACUGGUCCACGCUGACACUGACCACUAUUGGAGAGACACCUCCUCCUGUUAGAGAUGAGGAAUAUCUGUUCUUGAUUUUUGACUUCCUGGUUGGUGUUCUGAUCUUUGCAUCCAUUGUUGGUAAUGUUGGAUCCAUGAUCUCCAACAUGAAUGCAACAAGGACUACCUUUCAAACUCGUGUUGAUGCUCUCAAACACUAUAUGCACUUUAGACAUGUCAGUAAGGUGCUGGAACAGCGCGUUAUACGCUGGUUUGAUUAUCUCUGGACCAAUCAGAAGACAAUAGAUGAACAGGAAGUGUUGAGGAGUUUGCCUAAUAAACUGAGAGCAGAAAUUGCUAUCAAUGUUCAUCUGGACACACUGAAAAAGGUCCGUAUAUUCCAGGACUGUGAGGCGGGUCUCCUUGUAGAGUUGGUGUUAAAACUUCGACCUCAAGUUUUCAGUCCUGGUGACUACAUCUGCAGAAAGGGCGAUGUAGGAAAGGAGAUGUACAUAAUUAAAGAUGGCCAUCUGGCAGUGGUGGGAGACGAUGGAGUAGCCCAGCUAGCCGUUUUGACCGCAGGAAGCUGUUUUGGAGAAAUUAGUAUCCUGAACAUCAGUGGCAGUAAGAUGGGGAACAGACGCACAGCAAAUAUCCGGAGUCUGGGAUACUCGGACCUGUUCUGCCUUUCCAAACAGGAUCUCAUGGAAGCACUGCUAGAGUUUCCCCAUGCCAGGGCUCAGUUGGAGCAGCGAGGGCGAGACAUCCUGCAGAAAGAGGGGCUCCUGGAGGAGGCAAAUGUGUCUGCUGGGGAAGAGAUGGAGGAGAAAAUGGAGAGACUGGAAACCAGUCUGGAUCGGCUGCAGACCUGUUUGGCUCGUCUGCAGAGUGAGUACAACUCGACGCAGCUUCGACUGAAACAGCGACUCACUGCUCUUGAACAGAACAUUCCAACCGUAGUGUCGGGCAGCGGUUUCCUGUCGGAUGCUGAUGGCACUGAGAGUGUCGGCUGUGAUGUUGUACGAAGUGAAGUCAACAUCAAACUCUAA